AUGGUUUUAACUUUCUUUCCAUUUUCUUUCACUUAUCUUAUUUCCUUUGUUAUUUCCAUCGACUGGUUGAUCCAGGUUAAGCAUGGGAAUGGUGAUAACAAAGGUCUUGAAAAUUUGGCUGAAGCUUUGAAAAAGUUGAUUGGUGAGGCUAUUUCUAAGGCUACAACUUCCCUCUCUCACAAAUCCGGCAAGCUCUCUUGCUCCCCAAAUCCACAUGAUCCUCUCUCCUACUGUAGUCAGCUUGAUAAGGACAUUGAGUCCAACCAACAAAAACUUAAUGACGCUAGAAAAGCUAAUAAAACUAAUGAAAUAUCCUCUUUAGAAUCACAAAUUAAGCUGUUACAAUCCAACAAAGAUGACUGCACUAAGUCCCAUUACAUGGACAAGCAGCGUAUGUCCUCCCUUGAGGCGGAAGUGCAUGAUGGCAUCGAUGUUAUUGUGAAGCUUACACAGUUUAGUGGCACUGAAAAGAGCAUUGAAACACUAAUUAAUAAAGAAAUUGAGAGGCUUGAAAAGCAGCAUAAAGACUGUAAAAAGUCUCCGCAGCCUCAUGCCUCUUCUGACUGUCCUCAGCAUAAAAAGCUUGAGGAGCUUAGAGAGAAACUUGAGACAUUGAAGAAGAAUAAAGAAAAUCAUUGUGAAACAUUAUUAAAUAACCUGUGCUCUGGCUUGGAGAAGUUCCUUGGUUACCAAGAAACUUCCAAAGGCUACGAUGGCUCCGGCAUCGUGUACUCCGACCUUGACAGGCUCUGCGACGGGGUGAUGGCGUUUAUCCUCCAAUGUCUUCAAGGCAGUAAAACGCUUUUACAUCAUUAUUAUCCUCAGAUUAUUGACACUAUAAGAGAUUUAGAGAGUAAAAUAGGUAAGGGCCUUGGUGUUCCAGAAUUUGCGCAGGCCAUUGGGAUUGUGCAGGCGGGGCUGGAGAGGUAUGAGAGUGGCAUGGAGGAGAGGAUUAAUCGUUUUAAAAGUUGGUAUGACGCAAUGAUGAAUACUGAAAUAAAGGAUUUAAAAGGCGAAAUGUCAACAUUUCAUGAUAAGAACCUUGAAGAUCAGUUGAAAGCUGUGUCCUCCAAGGCAAAGAUGUGUCUUCACAGGGCAACAUUCGGCGAAAAAUCAAAAAGUGAACUCGAUGAAAAAUUGCGUGAAAUGCUUGAUAAACCUGUAAGUUUAAUCAAACAGGCUGCACACGAUUUUAGGGAAAUUAAUGAAAAUGGCCUGCUUAACCAUCAGGCAAGGGCUGUGGACACGGCACUUCAGACCCAGCAAGCUGCCUUAAACAACGCUAUAAAUACUGGGUCCCAAAAGUUUCAAAACACUGUAGGUGGUGAAUUUGACAAGAUAAGAAGUAGUUUGAAUGACCUGAAAGAAAAUACUUUAAAGACUGAAAUGCAAAAGGUGAGGAGUGCAGUGGAGGACGCGAAGGUAUUUGUACAAGACUGUAUAACGGAUUUUGAUAAAAUAUAUGAACACAAUAUUCUGAAUGAGUUCAACAGUAUCAAUCAACAAAUGACUGAUAUCACUAAAUCAAAUAAAAGCGUAAAAUAUGAAUCAAAAUUGUUCGAAGAGGUCGAGAAACUUAACAAGGCGGUAUUAGAGUUGGAAAAGCUGUAUCAGGGAAAAUUGGUGGAUGUCAAAAAGAAAGUUGACAAGGCGGUUGGUCUAACUGAUAAUGAGCCUGGUAGUGUGUUGGCGGAGCUUACGAAAUUGGAUGACCACCUGCGCACGGAUUUGGAACGAGUGCGAGGGGAUAUAAAACUGCAGAUUGAUGGUUACAUAGACCAUCAGGUUCGGGGCUUCAUGAAAGCGGUAAAGCAGGCUUGGAAUGCUGGUAGUAGUGGUGCCGCAUCGAUGUUGUAUAGCAGCCUGAAUGGAGACCUAAAGAAUUCGUUCCAGACCGUUCAUGCACCUACAUCUACAUACAUAACAAGUGCAUUGAAAGCCAUAAAUAGUGACUUCAAGCUAAACAGUGGUUCACCAAUUCCCGAUCCAGAUACCCUCCACCUGAUUAGAAACCUUAAGACUGAUAUAGAGAAUACGCUUAAGAAAGUUAUAACGGAUCCUAAAGAAAAUAUAAAGAUCAACGAGAGCUUCAUGAACCAUUAUUACGUACAAACUAUGAAAGAAGAACGUCGAGAAGGUGCGCUUAGAACAAAAAUCAAGCAGAUUAAAGGGAAGUUUGGCGGCGGCUUCCAAGGUGACGGAGAAAACACAAAGAUACAUUUGGAAACACUUGAAGGAUACAAUACUCCGCCAAGCACAUCCAGCUCCAGUGAAGGCGCCAAGCCUGCGUAUAACAAGGCGGUCGCCAGUGUGAAACAAAUGGUUGACAAAAUGGAACGGCUUCCAGAAUUCGUUGAACAGCGUAAGCUGGCAGCCGAUGAAAUUAUGAAAGACAUUAAAACAAAAUUUACGACACUGCAAGGAAUGAUUGACGACGUCGAUUUAAUUGUAAAUGCUGCGGAGAAAGGCUUACAAAAUGCCAUUGACUCAGUUGGCAACGCGGUAAAAAAAACUGAGCAGGACAUAACUCAGGAAAGCAAGAAUCUUCAAGCUCAACUCCUCGCCGCCGUUAAAUCCUCUUUCGAUACCGUCAAGAAUUCCGUCCAAUCCCUCUUUGCUCGUCAGAAGCAGGCCGAGCUCACGCAGCUGCAGAGCGUCGUCACGGAGCAGUUGGAGAAGAUAGAAGAGAUAAUCAGGGAGGAUAAAUCAACAGGGGUGAAGGGUUUUUUGACGAUAUUAAGAGAGGGGAUGUUUGAAAAUUUCCUGAGUAGGUCGCAUCCUUUAAAAGAUGGCAUGAAACUAUCAGAGUUGGCUGUACAAGCUGUAAUUUGUUUUGAGGGUCUGUUUGAAUAUUUUGAUGAAGAAUUGACACCAAAGAACUCCCGACUUGUACGUACAUUGCAUUCUCAGUCUACAGGUCCUCAUGCUGCUAUGGUUGAGAACAUCAGAAGUGUUCUCAACGCCUUGCUUGGUCACUUAAUAAAUACUAAACUUAAAACAUAUGACUUUGACCACACCUUUAGAGAGAAAGUACAUGAGCUCACAGUGUCGGUAGGCGCCUUAAGCGCUAAAACGUUCGGCGAGGGAAGGAAUCCCGAGCUGCUGAACAUCUUUAAGAGUGGCAUGUUGGCCUUUACCACUGAACUCGGCCACGCGUACGUUAACGCUUAUAGCGGUAAACACUUUGUAGGUGACUUAGUAACCAAGUCUACUGAACAACCCACCGAACAAGUCCUUUCCACCGAGGGCCGCAACUGCGCCAAGGUCUGCCUGACCAUACUGGAGACGGUGAAUAGUGGGCUGAAAGGGUUGCGGAAGGGAUGUAUUAAGAGUGGUAGCGGUAUGCAAAUCAAUUUAUCGAAUGGCCUAGGAAAAGCCUUCCAACGACUAGGCUACGAUGUUGCCUCUAGUCCAACCACCCAGGACGGUGAGUUACGUAAUAAGAAGGGUUUCACCGGUGAGAACAUUUACAGUGAUCUCCUUGUCUACAAACAUAAUACUGGAAAAGGUGAUAAAACAUAUCAACUCGUCAGCGACGAUGACGACAACAAGGAGAAGAAAGAUAAACAUGGUGUCAUUAGACAGCUCAACACCCAUCUUGGCAGAUAUUACUACGUCUCUCACUACUACAUUCCUCCGAAUCCGAAAUCACCAAGUAACAUCUAUCACUUGUUACAAUGGCUCCUCGGUUUAUACUUUAAUCCGAUUUAUAGUACGCUUGGUGAGUACUUCAAGGAAUUGUUUGAGAAGCCCGAAAAUUAUAAAGAUAAGAAAUAUUCCGAAAUUGAUGAAAGCCAACUUAGCUUACUUGCCACCACAACAAUUAGACCAAAGACAUUAAAAGACACACUCCGAUUGGUGUGUUUAGACUCCGCAGACACUCUGAUCGCCUUUCUAGGCCACGGCCAUCCUGACGGCCGAUAUGCCGUUGACUUUUACACAAACACCGACGGUUUGUCGUACCCUAGCAACGCCGGUCAAUGUUUUGACAUGUUGGUAGAUAUAUUGAAUAGAGUGUUUUAUCAAUUGCGUUUCUUAUGUACCCAGUGUUCCAACAGCCGUAGUCGUGGUGGUUGGCAAGACUGCCACUAUGGCCAGGGAGUUGGCGGUUCAUCAUGGAACUGCAACACCAUGCAGUGCCCCAACCAAAUAGCGAACCAAAACGGAAACCAAAGCUCUGACCAAAACUGCGAGCAACCAUGUAAUCAACAUCCCAAGUGCGGCAUCAAAUCACCACUGCAGUCGUUCCUUGAAGACGGCCUUGUCGGCUUCUUGCGAGGCGCUGGAAAAUAUUUAGUAAUUAACAAGAUACCUGAAUACUUAUGGAACAUAAGAUCUAAAUUCUCCUACCUCUUGCUCACCCUCUGGUCGCUGUCGCUCCUCUACCUGCUGCACAUCACCGUCGUCCGCCUCGACGUCCUGAGGAUACGCUCCCACUUAAAAUCACCUUCAAGCCACCGCAUCGCCGCACAGUCCCUCCUCGCCGCCGCACGCGUCAAGGCACUCGCCAACGUCAAGUACUUCUCACCAUAA